AGCGGAGCGCCGUCGUGGGGCUCACUCAUUGGCCCCGGCCGGGAGCGAGGGAGCGGGCAGGAAGCGGGGCUCGGCGGCAGCGCCGGCAGGCCUCCGGUCGCGGCGGGAACUAACGUCUCCCCGCGCGUCCCGCUCGUUACUCUCUCCACAGCAGCCCCUCGGCGGGCAGCCCAGCAAGAGCCGCGGCUCCCAAACCCUUCCCCUCGCCAGCGGGCAGCCACCGCCCGGCCCGGCCCUCCUCCGCCCCUCCUUCUCUCCCUCCCCUCUCCCGCCCGCACUCACAGCGUGACCCGGGAGACCGCGAUGCUGACGGGCACGCUGCGCUCCUUGAAGACGGUGGUGAUGAAGCAGCCGAAGGACCAGUUGUUCCCAAGAGUGCAGGGCUGGAGCCAUAUGAUCUUAUCAACACAUUUGAGAGCCCUACCCAAACAGUGAGAGAGAUUUUGCUGCAGCAAUGACUGUCAUAGAAGAAAGUCGCCCUUUUGCUCAGCAGCUAUCUAAUGUCUACUUUACUAUACUUUCACUUUUUUGUUUUAAACUUUUUGUGAAGAUCAGCCUUGCUAUACUUAGUCAUUUCUACAUUGUGAAAGGAAACCGUAAGGAAGCAGCAAGAAUAGCUGCUGAAUUUUACGGAGUUCCUCAAGGACAAGGUUCUUGGGCAGAUCGCUCACCUCUGCAUGAGGCAGCCAGUCAAGGACGUCUUCUUUCUCUAAAGACUUUAUUGUCACAGGGGUACAAUGUUGACACGCUAACAAUUGACCAAGUAACACCACUUCAUGAAGCCUGCCUGGGAGAUCAUGUAGGAUGUGCAAGAAUCCUUCUUGAAGCAGGAGCAAAUGUAAACGCUACAACAAUUGAUGGAGUGACACCUUUAUUUAACGCAUGUUCAAGAGGCAGUGCGGCAUGUGCUGAGCUCCUGUUAGAGUAUGGUGCCAAAGCUCAGUGGGAGUCCUGCCUUCCAUCACCGAUGCAUGAAGCAGCCAGCAGAGGUCACAGUGAAUGUCUGGAGGUACUGAUAUCCUCUGGUAUAGAUGUUGACCAAGACCUUCCUCAUUUAGGAACACCUCUGUAUGUAGCCUGUGUUUCACAGCAGAUCCAUUGUAUUCGAAAGCUUCUUUAUGCAGGUGCCAAUGUGCAGAAAGGAAAGCACUUGGAAACCCCACUCCAUGCUGCUGCCCAGCAUUCUAGUACAGAGAUUGUAAACUUACUCCUUGAAUUUGGGGCAGACAUAAAUGCCAAAAAUACAGAUUUUGAGAGGCCUGUCGAUUUAGCUGCUCCAAGCAGUUUAGUGGAGAGAGUGCUUCUCCUCCAUGAAGCCACACCAUCUUCUCUUUGUCAGCUCUGCCGAUUAUGUAUCCGAAACUACAUAGGAAGAGCUAGACUGCAUCUUGUCCCGCAACUCCAGUUGCCAACCAUACUGAAGAAUUUCUUACAGUACAGAUAACAGAGUAACUAACCUUUAUGAACAUGAAUAACAAGUACUUCUUUCUGUUUAUUGUAUGUUUUACCUAAAAAACUGCUGGGCAGAAAAAUGCCUUUUACAUAUUACUUAAAAAAAUGUGUCUUUGACAGCUGGUGUUGGUAUAAAAUAAUUGGGAACCAUUCAGCAACUGGUACCAAGGUGCUAUUAAGGCUGAAUUGAAUAAGUGUGCUCAUACUGGGGGGGGGGGGGAAUGAUUGUAUAGCUUUAGCUUAACACUUACUAAAUAGCUUUAGUGCUGUUAAUUUUAAUUGUAUUUACACUUCUAAGAUCUGUUUGACACAUCUGAAACAUUAAGAGUUUCUUCAUUAUUAUAUGUUAAGUCUGUCCAGUUGGAGUCAUUAUUUUAUCUGUUUUUAAAUUUCCAUUGUUUGUGUACCUAAAAAUACUUGAUGACAGGUGCACUAUAUAUGCAUUGUUAAAAAUAAUAAUAAAAAAAGUUAAUUUUU